AUGCCAGACGCCGCAGAGGAAGGAGGGGCUGCCGCCGCCGCAGCCGCCGCCGCGGCCGCGGAGGCCGCCACACGUGCUGCGGCACAAGAGGCGGCCGACGUGGCGGCUGCGGCUGCGGCUGAGGCGGCGGCGGCGGCGAGUGAGCUGCGGCGCCGGGAGGAGGAGGACAUCCGUGUGGCGGCAGACGCGGGCGCGCUGGCACCUCUGCUCAGUUGGUCCGACGCUGACGAGGCUUGGCUCCGCGCGGCAGACCCCGAGCACUGGCGGCUGCGGCGCCACCUGUACACCGCGCUCGACCGCCUGCCGGAGCCGCGGGCUGCCGGCGGCGGCGCGGCGGCGGCGGUGGUGGGAGGGCGGGAGCUGACAGUGUCGGGCGUAAUGGCGGCUGCGCCGCAUGAAAUCACUGGACUGAUCUCUGCGCGCGUGGAGGCGCUGGCGGGCGCGGCCUGCCUGGACCUGGCGUACUGCCCGUGGCGGGCCAGCAGCUGGGAGGCGGUGGCGCUGGUGCACACGCUGAUCGUAGACCUAUUGCUGGAGGUCGCCGCACGCACGUGCGGCCCCCCGCCGCCGCCUCCUACCACCGCCGACGCCGCCGCUGCGGAAGCCGAGGCGCCCGCCCCCUGGCGCCUCGCACGCCCCGAGCUUGCCGCGUGCCUGGAGCGCCACCGCUCCGCCGCGCUGCGCGCUUACGCGGCCGCUGCCGCCGCGGCGGCCGCGGCGGGGGCGGCAACGCAGGAACCGGAGCGGCUCGCGCGUCUUCAUGACGGGGUGGCGGCCAUCGCUUGGACGCGCCUCGACGCGGCGCCGCCGGACUGCGACCCGUGGCGGCGCCCGCCGCCGCGCGGGCCGCGGCAGCCGGCGUGGCGCGCGGCCGCGCAGGCCCGCACGGAGGCGAGUCGCGCGCUACAGCCUGACAGCUGGCAUCAGCCCUUCGACCUCGGACGGCUCGCGGCCGACGCGCGCGCCCCCGGCUGGCGCGCCGCAGCGCUGUCGCUCUUCGCAUCCGCCUGCCGCCUGGCCGCCGCCGAGCAGGGGGGUGGUCUUCUGCUGCCCCUUGCGGAGCUGCACGGCUGCCGGCUUGGGUGGGUCGCCGAGGCCGCGGCCGCGCUGCGGGGCGGCGGCGGCGGCGGCGGCGAUGGCAACGGCGGCAGCACCGCCGCAGAGGAGUUGCUGCGCCUCGCGGCACGCCACUGCUUCACCCAAGACGCCGCAGAGCGCCUGGCGCGCCUGCCGGCCGGCGACGGCCGCCCGCGCGCCGCCGCCGCUGGGGCCGACAGCCGCACAGGCGCUCUCGGGGACGCGGCGCCGGCGCCGGCGGCAGGGUGGGCGGCGGCGGCAGCAGUCCUGGAGGCGGACUGCUGUGCUGCGCUGCGGUUCUGCCAGGAGCGGUACGCGGCGCCAGGGCAGCUGCACACGGCUGCAUACUACCUGGCGCACAGCCCGGCGCUGAUGGGCAGGCACCAGGAGGCGAUGGCGCAGCUUUGCAAGGCCUUCCGGGCCCGCGGCGCCUGCCAGCUGGCGCACCUCCCGCCGCCGCUCCUGCUGUCCCACUGCGGGGACAUUUCAGCACUCGAGGGCGCCUGGCAGGGCCUGCUGCUGCCUCAUGGGGCGCAGCAGCAGCUUCCAGGCAGCUACACACGCGACCUCGGCCGCGCGGCCCUCGGUCUGCACCUGCAGUCGCUGCUGGCGCCCGCGGCGCCCCACCUCGCCGGCCCCGCCGGCGUCGGCAUGGACGCAGGCGCGGCGGCCGCGGCCGUGGAUGGUGGUGGCGCUGUCGACGGAUCGCGGGCUUCGGCUGAGACGGCCCUGUUGGACGGUCUCCUGGCUGACCCCGAAAUCGGCCGCGAACGCGCAGCACGGGUCUGCGAAUCCGCGUUUGCUCUAUUCACAGAGCACACAGGCGCGGGCCUCGGCGGCGGCGGCGGCGGCGGCGCAGCAGAGGCGCUGGGCGCGGGCGCUCUCGAGCGUGCGCUCGAGUUUUCGCUGUCCCAGCAGCAGCCUGCGGGCGGCAGCCGCGGCUGCGAAGGGAGCGGCGACGAGGGACGCCCGUGUGUUGCCUUCGCGUCGCCGCCGGCCGAGCCCGACGCGCUCCGCCGCUGCCUGGCCGCCGGCGCGCCGCGCCUGCUUGCCACCGCCCACCUGGAGCUGCUGCGCCGCGCCGCGAACGACGGCGGCGGCGGCGGUGGCGCGGCGGCGCGGGCGCAGCUGCGGGAUGUGUGCGGCCGCCUCAGGAAGCGCUGGCCCCGCACCAGCCUGCGGCUCGCGACUGGCCCGCUCGCCGCGCAGCUGCGGUCGCUGUGCGACGCCGCGGCUGCCGCGGCGCUCGAGGCGCACACGGCCGCGGCCGGCGCUGCGCUGGCGGCAGCAGCAGCGCACGAGGUCGCACCCUAUGAGGAGGCGAUCGGCGUGGCGGCCGACGCGGCCGACGCGGCGGACGCGGCGGCGACUCGUGCGCGGGAGGAGCAGGAGCGGAUUCGGCGGGAGGAUGAGGAGCGUGCUCGGCGGCGGGAAGAGGAGAAUGAGGACGGCGGAGAGGGCUCCGAUGAGGGCGCCGAACGCGAGGGGGAUGGCGGCGGUGCUGGCAAGAGGGCGCAGCGGGAGCCCGGGGGACAGAGCGAUCCCGGCGAUGAGCCCGCGACCCCGCGCCGAGGGCGGAGCACUUCGCUCGACGGCGAUGGGGCGCGGCGGACGUUGCGGCCCGAGGGGCGUGAGGGCCGAGCGGACGACGACAAGGCUGCGGCGGCGGGGGAGGAUGAGGAGGAGGAGGGCGCCGGCCGCGAGGCUGCGAUGGAGCCAGAGCGGGAGCACACCCCUGGCCCGCGCCUGAGGGCCCGCAGGGGCGCCAGCACUACGCCCGGCAAGGCCCCCCACCCUUCCGCCGCCGCGCCGCUCGGCCGCGGCGCGCGCCACGCGGCGGCGGCAGGCUUGGCGCCGGGCGGGAGAUCUCAGAUCUCUUAA